AUGUCACAAGAACCAGUAAACACGGCGACUGAUCAAUUGCCCAGCCUACCUGAAACAACUGUCAUCGAACCGGUUGUUCAAUGCGGUGUUUUAUACAUUGGCACAGCUGUACCGAGCCCUGGUCGUCGUGGCAUUGAUUCCAUUCAAGAACCGUUAGCACAUCGAUAUCCAGUUGAUGGUACAAAUACAGCUCGCGGUAUUGAUUCUAUUCUUUCGGUUUAUGAGAAUGGCAUUCAAUUGACCUUUGCUCGCCAGCCUUAUACAGUGAUUUUCUUUCCAAUCUCGUCAUUAAUCUAUUGUGCAAGUCUUCGCUUUUCUGUCAUUGAAGACGAUCAAACCUCUUCGAUCGAUUGGCGUUUUGUAACGUUAGAUUCAACAAUGAAUAUUCCAAGCAAACAUCCACCACUAUUUUGUCUUGUUGUUCAUCGUACACAAAUUUUCACAGGUGAUGAAUGCCAUUGUUUUAUCACCAAAAACGCUGAUGCUGCCUUAGCACUUGUCCGUGCAAUAUCGGACGUUUAUGCUAACCUUCCACCCUUAUCGAAGCUUCUCAGAUCGCCUAUUUUCUAUCAAUUAGAUCGUUAUGGACGAAAAAUAAGUGAAACAACUGGAGUUAUUUAUCUUUCGCCUGCUAACGAAGACGAAUCUCAAAUAAACCAGUUGAAUGAGCGAAAUACUCUCUUAGAUCCAUCGUUGAACGGUUUCUUCUACCGUACGGAUGGAAAUCUUCUCGAACAAUGGCAACUAUGGGACGAUGACGAUGUAGCAGGAACUCGACCACGGCCUCCGCCUUCUCCAUUCGGUCAAAAUCAAGGUCUGUAUCAUGACGAUCUCACACAAGAAAUUCAUAAGUAUCUGCGUCACAUGGAUGACGAAGAUCGCUCAAGUUCAUGUAGUUGUUCAAGUUCAUCAAGUUCAUCGGAUAUACGUAAUCGACAUCAUCAUCGUCGCCGAUUGAAAUCGAAAUAUGACCAUGCAGAUCAAUUGAAUCCUGAAUUAGUUCGGUCACAAUCAAGCUCUUUCGACCCAACACUACCGAAUAACAUCGAUAUCAAACCAGUUAUUGUUCAACAAACACCAAUCAUCAUCGAAAAAGUUGUGCCCAAUUCAUUUGUAGGUUUUCAGCAAAAACAGCCCACCUACACUUUUCCACAGCCAAUUCUCCAACCACCGCCACUUCAAGAAUGCACUCCUAGUUAUGCUACAUAUUCUGAAACGUAUCAAAUCAAUGAACAUGGUGAAAGGAUAACUACAGAUGGAAAUCGUAUUCUUUUCAUGGAUGUUAUUCAACCAAAUGCACAACAGAAGAGUAUUGACACAACAUCUUAUAUAUCUCAGCCAGUUCAUCGGGCACAUUCACAACGGCGACGAUCGAAACCUGUUCCAGUUGUCGAUCUUCAAUCGAUUGAAAAGUUAUUUAACGAAAGGAAAUCGAAACAGCGGCGAGCCAGUUUUCGCCAUGAUCAAGAAGACUCUGAUACCAAUCAGCUAACAACAUCUGAUAUGCUAGACAUUGUCGAGGGUUAUUUUGAAGAUUAUCGGGGAAGAAGAUUGAAAAUGAACGGACACGACGCUCAAGCUAUGAUCCGUCAUUUAGAAUCAUCAUCAGCCUCGAAGAAACAAAAUCGACAAGAAUCAGAUAGCUCCAGUAAACAGAUGUAUCAUGAGUAUGGUCAUCGUCGACGACGACGGCACCAUCAUUCAACGAUCAAGUCAGGCCCAUCGAUCAAUUAUGUCGAACGUUCACAGAUGAAAUUACCAUCACAGCAAAGUUUGCCUGCACGAAGAUCUUUAAAUAAUGAACAAGUCGAUGAAUACGUUUCCAGUAUAUAUGGUUCAUCCGAGAAAGCUGCUUCGUCAAUCAAAUCUUCCACCAGUCAUCAACAUACUCAGGCAAACGCCCCGGAACCAACGAUGCAGAACCAAGAAUUCAUAUCACCACUCCGAUACAUGCAAAGUAGUAUUAAUCCUUUAUUAUUACACGAAUAUCGUCAAGCAUAUGGUGGAAUUUAA